UCAAUUAUUCGAAGGAUAUUUGAUAUGGCCAAACAUCGAACAAAGAGAUCUUCUUUUUCCCCAAUUGGAGUGAAGGGUUGCCCUCAAGAGUCAGUGAAGCAAAUUUUAGCAAGCCAUCAAGCUUAUUAUAAGCUAAGAGUUUGCCAAGAAGCAGUAUGGGAAGCCUUCUGGAUUUUUCUGGACCGGAUUCCAGAUGCAGUGGAAUAUCAGAAUUGGGUCACUGCCUGUCAGCGAGACACUUUCUGCAUAUUCGACAUUGGGAAAAAAUUCAGUAAUUCUCAGGAACAUCUGGAGAUAAUUCAGCGGUGAGUAAAACAUAGAACCUUCCAGGAUAGAAAAGAGGAAAUUUCUACAGAGAAAACUAGUAGCAAAAAAUUUGAAGAACCUCCUUCUUUUGCUACAGCCCCUACAGGCACCCUAAUCAAUGAGAUUGUCAACGACACCAAGACUCCCAUGAAGGAGCCAAAACCGGAGGUUCCAAACAUAGUCUCUGAGCUUCCUGUGGAGCAAAUGGUAGAGUUCAGUGUUACCCUCACUGACCAGGAAUAUACCCCAGAACUGAGUGAUCCUGCAUCCCCUCAGUACCAGAAACUAGCUGAAAAAUUUCAGCUUCAAAUGCAAAAGAUAUUUGAGAAACUUGCAGGAUUCAAGGAAAUCCGUGUGUUAGGAUUUAGACAGAGGAAGGGAAAAGAUGGGUCAAGCAGCACCGUGGCACAGUAUGUUGUCAACUUUGAGAGAGAUGACUCCGAAUGUAAAGGUCCCGAGGAUGACAUCUCAACUAUUGGCUCCAAGAAAGUAGAAAAUGAAAAAGGUCAUAUUAGUAUGGAGCGUGAGAUGGCAGCAAUUAAACCAAAAGUGACCGACCUUCAGCAGAUGGUUGCCAUGGCACUCCAGGAAGAUAAGUCACUAUCCAUGGAUCUUGGAACGCUUCAGUUUACUGAUGAAGCCAUUAGGCCAUCGAGUGAUGUAGAUAAUGAUAUCAAAUCAAUGGUAACCGAUGCUGUAGGUGGACCUGGGUUGGUAAUUAGCAAUCAGAAGAGUGAAGAUGAGAAGAUGAAAGACCAGAUCCCCAGCAUCGCUUCAUCAAUCCUCCCUGGACAAGAUGUAAAGAUUACAGAUCAACUAGAAUCUUCAGGUGAUGACAUUUUAGCCCCAAUGAAUACUAUGCCAUACUUCACUUAUUCUCCUGCUCUCCCCACCUCUCUUCCUGAAGAUGAUAUUUUGGGGCCCACAGAUCAGAUCAUUUUAUUGCCAGCAGGGAGUACCAGUGGCCCCUCAGUUGUCAUUGUCCAGUCUUUUGAAGCAACAAGCUCUGUGUGGGUAGCGACAGACAGCGGUACCCCUACUGCAUUUGAUGUGGGAGUGCAGGAUGUUGCUACUGAACUAGACAUAGUUGACAUCAUGAGUCCAGCAACCAUCCGUGAGGGUGGAAGUGGCUACUAUGCACUGCCAGAAACCCCAGAUAUGACUCCAGUUCCUCCGCUGAAGUACAUCACAACAAGCUCCAUGACAACUGCAGCCAAAGGCAAAGAGUUAGUAGUGUUCUUCAGCUUGAGAGUAACCAACAUGCGCUUUUCAGAUGACCUCUUCAAUAGAAGUUCCACAGAAUACAAAGCACUUGAACAGCAAUUCAUACAGCUGCUCCUUCCUUACUUACAGUCCAACCUUACAGGAUUCCAGCAACUGGAAAUACUGAACUUCUGCAAUGGAAGUGUGAUUGUCAACAGCAAAAUGAAGUUUGCCAAGUCAGUGCCAUACAACAUCACAGAGGCUGUCCAUUGUGUGCUGGAAGACUUUUGCGAUGCAGCAGCUCAGCGCCUUAACCUUGAAAUUGACAGCUAUUCACUUGAUAUUGAGACGGCUGAUCAAGCGGACCCUUGCAAGUUCAUGGGAUGUGAUGAAUUUUCACAGUGCAUUAAGAAUGACUGGACAAAAGAGGCUGAUUGCGUUUGUAAACCUGGUUAUGUAAGAAGAGAUGGACUGCCGUGCCGUAGCCUUUGUGAGACUGAGCCUCACCUGUGUGUUAAUGGUGGCAUAUGUGAAUUGGUUCCCGGAAGAGGAGCAGUCUGUAGAUGCCCAGUACAUAGAAACAGAGGACAGCAUUGUGCAAAAUACACUCCAGCAUCUGCCCGGUCCUACAUCUCCAGAGCUUUGAUGCUUGGCUUAUGCCUUAUUUUUCUUCUCAUCACUUUAAUAGUUAACUUACAAAGAAAAUGCAGUAUCAAGCCUAAAAUGGAGGGUCCUCCUCUCAGCCAGUGCAGCACAGAGAAUGCUGUAAGAAUUAAUCCUGCCUUUGACCAUGAUGAACCCAUCAGUUUUUGUCAUGUGCCAUGUAGCAUACGUGGUUGUAUCAGUUCUUCAGAAAUCAGUGAUCAAGGAACAUUACAAAAACAUGAACACAGAACAGAGUAUGGAGCAAGCAGCAAACAUGCGUAUCCUUGUCUUCCUCAUAGGCCACCACAUACAAAGAUUGACAAGUUAGUAUCUGAAGGCCUAAAUUCUAGGCAACAGCCAGAAGAUAGCAAAGCUGCUCACAAAUCUCCUGCAACACCCCAACUUGACCUGGUGCAACUGAAAUCAAUGAAAAUUGACAAAGAAAGGACCUCCAAGAAACUUUAUGACAGAAAAAUAAAAAUGAAGAAUUGCCUGAAGAAAUUUGUGUUGUAA